CCGCCCGCUCGCUCAUCAUGACUGCCUGCGAAGCUCCUGCGGAGCAGCCGCGGUGGCGCGGGCGGGAGCGGCGGGAGGAGUGCUGAAGACCGCGGCCGACCGGAGUGGACGCCGCGUCCCGACCAGCCCGCGGCUCCAGGCUGCUAAAUUGGCCAUUGCAGUGCAAGCCUCGGGGUCCCAAUGGGGGACUCAGGAUCAAGACGAUGCACUCUGGUCUCCCGGUUGCCAAUAUUCAGGAAAAGUAUUAGCAGAAGACAUGAUUCUCUCCCUUCUUCACCCUCUUCCAGUAACACAGCUGGUGUCCACAGCUCCUCUCCUUCUAGCACUAACUCCAGCUCAGGGAGCACGGGGAAACGCAGGAGUAUAUUCCGUGCUCCCUCCAUCAGCUUCCACCACAAGAAGGGGAGUGACCCCAAGCCAGAACCCACCGACCAGAACCUUAGUAUUUCCAAUGGUGCUCAACCCACUCACAGCAAUAUGCAGAAACUAAGUUUGGAGGAACAAGUCAAAACCAGGGGAAGACAUUCUGUGGGUUUUAGUAGCUCACGAAAUAAGAAGAUAACACGAUCUUUGACGGAAGAUUUUGAAAGGGAAAAGGAGCCUUCAACUAAUAAGAAUGUCUUUAUAAAUUGUCUAAGUUCUGGCAGAAGUGAAGGGGACGAUUCUGGAUUCACAGAAGAGCAAACUCGCCGUUCUCUUAAACAGUCAACAAAGAAGCUACUCCCCAAAUCAUUUUCAUCUCACUCUAAAUUUUCUAAAUCGGUUCCACAGAGCCAACCCACGUCAUUGGUACAGCAGCCUGAAUUCUCCCUGGCUAUUGCACAGUGCCAAGAGCGGGAAACUGCCUUGGGACGGCCUUCCCUGUCUUGCUCUGUGGAUGUAACAGAGCGCGCAGGAAGUUCCUUGCAGUCGCCUCUGCUUUCUGCUGACCUGACUACAGCUCAGACCCCUUCAGAAUUUUUGGCCUUGACUGAAGAUUCUUUGUCCGAGGCAGAUGCCUUUCCUAACAGUGGAAGCACGGCAUCACACCGCGACAACUUUGGCCACAAUGACGCUACCUCUCAGCCCGCUCCCAGUCCCACUGCUGUCGCAAAGACUACGAUGGACUCUGCGGGCACUGCGCUCUGUACUGUGAUGUCUCCGGGGAGGUACAGGCUGGAAGGUCGGGGUAGCACUGAACUGCAUUCUUCGCCGGAGACCUCUCGCGCUAACCAGAGGGAAGUGUUACUGCCAGGCACUGAGUCCCCUGUCAGGAAUGGGAGUGACCCGGAGACACACUCAGCAGCUGUUCAUCAAGGAGAAGAGAACUCCUUGGCACAGGGUGGAGAACCAAUGCUGAGGACCGGCUCGCCCAGGACACUGGGUUCCCACGACCAGCACAAGACGCUGGCUGAAUGCAUUAAAGGGGCCCACCCUGUUUCAGAUUCAAGGGUAAUUCCUUCUUCUGGGGAGCAUCAUGUUUUUAACAAAUCGUCUUACGGAUAUGAACCAAAUGCCGCCAAAGUUCUUGCCAGUAGCCUCAGUCCAUAUCGAGAAGGAAGAUACAUAGAGAGGCGGCUGCGGUCCUCAUCUGAAGGAACAGCAGGGAGUGGCCGAGUGGUCCUAAAGCCGAAGGACGGGCAUGUGGAAGCCAGCAGCUUGAGAAAGCACAGAGCAGGGUCCUCGUCCUCCAAGAUGAACAGUCUGGAUGUUCUAAAUCAUUUGGGAUCCUGUGAACUGGAUGAAGAUGAUCUAAUGCUUGAUUUAGAAAUUUUAGAGGAACAGAAUCUUCAACCCCCAGUUUGCAGGGAAGAUUCCUACAACUCUGUAAUGUCGUGUGCGGCCGUCCUUCUUAGCCCAGUGGACCCAACAAGAGAAAUGAAGAUGCUAGAAGAACCAAAAUGUCCUGAGCCUUCCAAACAGAGCCUUUCCCUGAAAAUAACAAAAGACACUGAUCAAGAAGCCUGGUGUUCCCAUGUCGGCCGCAUGUCCAGCAGUCCCUCUGCAGAUUGGCCCCUGCUAGGUGUGGAGGAAAACGGAGGCAUAGAUUCUCUGCCCUUCAGACUGAUGCUCCAGGAGUGCACAGCGGUGAAGACGCUGCUACUGAAGAUGAAGAGAGUGCUUCAAGAGAGUGACGUGAGUCCUUCCAGCAGUACCACCUCACUUCCCACCAGCCCUCUCCCCGAAGAGCCACCGCCGCUCAAGGAUGCAAUGAAAGAUGAAUGUUCGAUGCUAAAGCUACAACUGAGAGACAGGGAUGAGCUCAUAUCUCAGCUUCAAGCAGAGCUGGAAAAAGUGCAGCAUUUACAGAAGGCUUUUGCUUCACGCGUAGAUAAAUCCACACAGACUGAACUUCUAGGAUGUGAUGGUUUAAGCUUGAAACGACUGGAGGCCGUACAAGGAGGGAGAGAGACUAUGUACCGAAGUCGAACUAUGAGCCAAAGUCUCAGCACAAGGGACAGAAAAGCAAUCCAUACUCCCACCGAGGACCGUUUUAGAUACUCUGCAGCUGACCAGACAAGUCCUCACAAGAACAGCUGCCAGCUCCCAGGGAUGUGUCUGAGCAAUCUCUUGAAGGACAAGGAAUUAGGAGGAGUUGUGAAACAUGCAAGGGGAAAUCACGAAGCCGUCACCUCCGAAGUGACCCAGAACUCGAGGAUAACUAUGGGACAGAGUUUUCUGAAGCCAGCCACUAAAACAGAAGGACUCUCCAUGUUCUCAGAGAAACCAAAGGACCCAGCAGCUCUGUCCCGACAGCACUCCACCUUCACAGGCAGGUUUGGACAGCCGCCUCGAGGACCUAUCUCCUUACACACAUACAGCAGGAAGAAUGUUUUUCUCCAACACAAUUUACACACCACGGAGUUCCAGACGCUGGGCCAACAGGAUGGGUAGUUAGAUCUUUUCUCUGUGAACAACAGGGAUGGCUAUUGCUCCCUGUGCCGUCUAAGAGUGGUCAUGUCCAUCUUCCUGCUUUUAUUUUUAUCUGUAAGCAAAGACUUACGGGCUUUCAUUUUAUUUCCAAGAAUGACAGGUUGAGUAUGUUGACUUACUAGGAUGUUCAUGUUAAAAUUGAGAAGACUUUGCUCUCUUGAUGGAAAUAUACAUGUAUAAUGAGUGGGACCAUCUUGCUGGCUUUUGUGGUCUCUAAGCUAUUUAGUUAUAUUUUUUUCUGUAUCUCUUGCUAAUAUGCGUUUAGUUUUCAAGAAGGCAAUGUCGAAUAGCUCUCUGUUUAUGAUGUUACUAUAAAGUAGGUUAGAAGAAUGGGGAUAGGAAGGACUGUACAGUUUUAGAUUAUGUAGCUGCUAGAAAGAGCAAAACAGACUUAAAGCUUAUACUAGGUGGCAUAUUUCUUCGUGGAAUGAGGCUUGUGUGCAUGUACUAGAGAUACCUUUGUCUCUCUGUUACAUACAUUCAAGCUUAUGGAGCUAUUAGGGGGAACAACCGUUUCUUUAGUUUUUAAAAUGUUUAGUUACACUACUUCACAAAGGACGGAGUGUCACAGCUCUGCUCUUCAAAAGGUUUUGCUUUUUAUUUUUUGUUUCUUUGUUUGUUUUCCUACUGAUAUAAAAAGUAUCAAAGUAUCAUGGAAUGAAGUGACAGAGUCAGCUUAACUUUGCCAAACGGCACACUUCGUGGGCACUGUCGUGGAUAAGUAAGAACAUUUCUUUUUUUUUUAAAUUUCAAGGAUUUAGUAUUCUAAAAAAAUAUAUAUAUAUUCUUUUACUACACUUGUUUUGUAUUCUCAAAAUAUUCAUUUAUUUUUAUAUGCUUCUAGGUUUACUUUACAGCCAUUAACCUCUGAUGUUUUAAUUAAGAAACAGAAAGAUUGGUUUUGUUCUAUUUUGUUUGCAACCUACAUAUAAAAUUCAGGCUAUGCACUUACUUGAUUUUUCAACCAAAUAUAAAAUAUGUGAAUUUUAGCAAAUUCACCUACAAAAUAAAUAUCUAAUCAAAAUACUUUAAUCUCAUUUGGUAGCAAACAUUAAUCUUUGAUAUGUAAGGCCUGAUAUUUUGCAUACUUAAGUUCAUAGGUGUUAGAUGAAAAGAGCUAAAUAGAAGCCUCACGCUCAUUUAGAAGAGUGUCCAAUGGCAGUUUCCUUAGAGAGAGGUCAGGGCUAGUAAUUAUGUGCACUCAGUAUAGUGGGUGUGCUGACACUAUCAGACCCACUGCAUGUGCUGUCUCAUACAUUCUCUAAGAGCUGGAACCCAUCAGCAUGCACCGAUGAGAUGGACGAAGGGAAAUGACAUGGCAGCUGUAGCAUGCCAUCUGACCAAGCUGCCACGAUUAAAGCUACAUGUAACAUGCGUCACCUAAUACAAAAAUAGGUUUGAAGCCUACACUUUUGGGGAGAACCCUGCGAUGCCCCUCCCAGCUUUAACUGGUGAAGUUUGGCUAUGCUGUACUUGUUUUGUUUUCUGGUGAAGAUAUGCACACCACACAGCCUCUCUUUGGUGUCUGUCUCAUAUGUGUGUUUACAAUUCUGCUAAAGAGAAAAAAAGGCACUGCAUCUUGCUGCCUAACAUUCCCAACAUCCUCUAGAAGCUGCAGAAGUCAUGUGGGUGUGCAUUAUCGGCCAGACAAUAUUUGUGAAACCAUAGAAAAUAUAAUUAAUUGUAGAACUCAGCUUGAUUUGUACUGAAACUUGGUUUCUAUUGUUAGAAUAUUUUAAAACUGUAAAUACCCAAGCAUGAUAAACAAAACAGGUCUCUUUUUCUCCAGGAAAUGGAAGAAUAUGCAAGAACUCAAGUAAUGGUUUUGAUUUGCAUUUUGAGGUUUAUAGUUAUGUUUUCUUGGAAGAUAGCUUUUGAAUUAUACUUUGUAAGAAAUAAUCUAUUUAAAAAAAUUCUGUCAUUUAACAGACAUUUUAAGAGAUGUUUUAAACUCUAGUAUUUUCUUGACAAACCUUUUUUAAACUGAAACAUUCAAAAAGAAACCCUGGGAUAACCUGCUCGAUUUUGAAAGGAAGGGUAUUUUUGGAAUGAUCACCUUGAAACUGUUUUGUAUCAGUAUUUUCAUCAUUGUUCUAGCUUCGUUUGUAAUACCCAGUGUGACUCAGGCCUGGAGAAGGUGUAAGCCAACGAUGUUAAUGCAGGUCAGUAACAAUGGCGUGGGGUUCUUUUAGAAGUUCCUCUGUGUGGCUAUCCUAAGUUGUAACAACCUCGCGUGGGCAUUCUUUCAGUGAAUUGAUUUCUUUGUACUAAAAUCUCUAGUUUUCUAAGACUCUUCCACAUGUCAAACAGUUUUCUACAUUUAUCCAAGGCAGUACAUAUCCAAAGACAUGAUGCCAGGGAAAAAUUGCUUGUUUUUCUGAUGAAGCAAUGGUCUCCUCCUUUUUCUUCUUUGCAUGUACUCGUGUAGCUAAGUCAGAAUAACCAUGUAACAUUUCUGCUGCAGACUCUUCUUAACACAGGUGUAGAAGAAUCAUUCCAUGAAGGAGAACUGUGUCUACCUGAAAUAAAUGAUUCCCACUUUUGUAACCAACAGAAUAUGAAGCUUUCUUUCUGUAAAGCCUCUUAUUUGUUUU